CUUCCCGCCUUGUCUGGAUUGAGCUUGGGCACUUCCGAUAUCAUUGUCCUGUCUUCCUUUGCCAGGUGUUUCCAUCCUAAGAGACACUACCAGUGGUUUGCAGAAACCAUCCCAACACUUUUGGCAAGCCGUCUUUACUUAUCGACUGCGCCUACCCUCCUUCCGCUCGAUGUACCCCCCCGACGUUGUACUGGUAUCAAAGAAGGCACAGCCGCUAUAAUAGACAGUGACGCCCUGCGCUUCAGACUGUCUUCAAGGCAUAUUCCCUGUCGAUUGCCUACCAUUGACGAACCAUUACCCGGCCUAUCAUUCUACAUUCUACAUUCCAGGAGCUGGAGGAGACCAGACAUGUUGGAUCGUACCAUUACCCAGCACAGCAACGUCGGACUGCUGUAAUCACGCUGUAAGACCUGCUUGCCGGUCUUCCAAGUUCCAGAUCAUACUGUUUCUUUUUCUUGCACGGCCCUAUCAAACCGGUCCAUCCUAAGGAUAUCCUCCACAAUCAGCCAGCCCCCCUCCCGUCUUUUGCAGUCCCUAGUGUGGGUUAUCGAGCGGACUCGGUCAACCUCAAAGUUUGACGUAACGUUGCUCCACGGAUUGUCGCCACACCAUUGCACCGCACCGGCCAUUGGCCAGCCUUGUUCCCAACCACCAUCCGUCAUCUAGACUGGCUGCACUGUAUCCACGAAGAAGGCAACGACACCUACAGAGAACGACCGUGACAACUGUUGCUGCGUUCUCGUAUUCAGUCUUCUCCUGCAGCUCAAAGGUGACACAGAACAGUCGCCGUUCUGUUUGUCGGUGGCUGCGCGGUCUCUCUUUCCUCCUGUGUCAGAAGCUAGAAACAAGCCAAACACUGCGCAAGCACGACUGCGCCUUCCUUCAAUACCCUAAUUCAUAUAAAACAGUCUUGGUCCCUACCUGACUUUAUUUUCUUUGGUCAAAAUCUCUUUGUUUUGUUUUCUGAAACCCCCCUCCUUACUCACACGCAACCCCCAUUCCAUUCUUUUCACCAUGCUGCCCACUUUCUUGUUCGUCUUCCUCCCCCUCUCCCUUACGCUGUCAACGGUCAAUGCUGGUAUCUGGCCAGCCCCCAAAAAACUCUCUACUGGCAAAAGUGUUCUUUUCAUAAGCCAAACACUGGAAAUCACAUACAAUGGGGGAUCUGUACGCUGGCUUCCCUCUCCCAACCCCCCCGACGACGAGACACAGCAUACUGAGACCUUCUUUAACGUGCAGCUGCCAUACACUUAUGGCUACAACCCAGCUCCAGGACCGACCUUCAACAGCAAAGACAUCGUACAAGGUGGUGUUUCACGCGCUAUGGGCGCCAUCUUCCAGCAGAACUUUGUCCCAUGGAAGUUCCAUAAGAAAAAUAGCGAGUUCGAGCCGGACGUCUAUGCGACGGACAAGAAAUCGGUCAAAUCGUUGCAGAUUACACAAACCGGCGAGGACAACCCAAACACAUUCAAGCCAGCUGCCGGUGAGGUCGAUGAAUCGUACGCGCUGAAUGUUACGGUGGACGGCUCGGCUACACUUGUAGCCAAGUCUUCUACUGGCGUUCUGAGAGGGCUCGAGACGUUUGUUCAACUCUUUUACCAGCACACGUCGGGCACUUCCUGGUAUACCCCGCUGGCACCCGUUGCAAUCGAAGAUGCGCCAGAGUAUUCCCACCGUGGGAUUCUUAUCGAUGUGGCGCGAAACUUCUUUCCGGUACAAGACAUCAUGAGGGUUAUCGACGCCAUGUCUUGGAAUAAACUCAAUCGGAUCCACAUCCAUGUCACGGACUCACAGUCAUGGCCACUUGACAUUCCUGCGAUGCCUGAUCUGUCUGCGAAGGGCGCCUACCGGAAGGGUUUAUCCUACACACCAGAGGACCUCACGAAGAUUCAAGAAUAUGCAGUCCACCGUGGGAUCGAGCCGAUCAUCGAGAUCGACAUGCCAGGCCACAUAGGCUCUGUCUCUUUCGCAUAUCCUGAGCUUAUUGUUGCCUACAAUGAGAAGCCAUACCACUGGUGGUGCGUGGAGCCGCCUUGCGGUGCCUUCAAAAUGAACGAUACCAGGGUUGAUGAUUUCUUGGACAAGUUGUUUGAUGACCUCCUGCCAAGAGUCAGCCCCUACUCGGCAUACUUCCACACUGGUGGCGAUGAGCUGAACAAGAACGACUCGAUGCUGGACGAGGGCAUCAGGUCUAACUCGAGCGAGGUCUUGCAGCCUCUUCUGCAGAAGUUCAUGGACAAGAACCACGCACGAAUCCGCAAGCAUGGACUUGUACCAUUUGUGUGGGAAGAGAUGCCGCUCGAGUGGAACAUCACUCUUGGCAACGACGUGGUGAUCCAGUCAUGGUUGGGAGGCGACUCUGUCAAGACUUUGACGAGCAGAGGCCACAAAGUAAUCGACAGCAACUAUAACUACUGGUACGCCGAUUGCGGCCGAGGACACUGGAUGAACUUCGACAAUGGGCUGGCAUUUGAAACUUUUUUCCCAUUUAACGACUGGUGCUCGCCGGCGAAGGGAUGGCGACUCAUGUAUGCUCACAACCCCAGAGCAAACCUGACCGACGAGGAAGCAAAGCUCGUGCUUGGAGGCGAAGUGGCGGCUUGGAGUGAGUCGAUUGAUCCUAUUAGUAUCGACGGGAUUCUUUGGCCGAGGGCUAGUGCGGCCGGCGAGGUGUUGUGGUCGGGCAGGCAGGAUUCCUCGGGACGGAACAGAAGUCAGUACGACGCGGCGCCGAGACUGGCCGAGUUCAGGGAAAGAAUGGUUGCCAGAGGAGUGAGGUCGGAGCCAGUUCAGAUGACUUUCUGCACGCAGGGCGACGCGACCGAGUGCGGCUAUCCCAUGUAAGACCCCAGGAAGCAGCAACUGACCGAAGCUGUGACGAGGUUUCGUUUCUCUGUAUAGGCCCAGGACGACAGGGUAGGCACAAAGCCUUGCUCACAUUCCAUACAUGAGUAUACCUUAAUGUACAUUUCUUAAGUCGGGGUUUACCCCCGACGACCAAUAAAGUUACAUGAUUGAUAGA